GCGAGGAAGGGUGGGGCUUCGGGCGCCGCGGGGGCCGUCGGGAAACGCCGAGCAGCGCCCGGAGGGAGCGAGACGGCGCCGGUCGCCCCGCGGUCCGCUUCCUGAUCAUGACGCACAAACAGAUCUACUAUUCGGACAAAUACGACGACGAGGAGUUCGAGUACCGGCACGUUAUGCUGCCCAAGGACAUCGCCAAGCUGGUUCCCAAGACCCACCUGAUGUCUGAAUCGGAGUGGCGGAACCUGGGGGUCCAACAGAGCCAAGGCUGGGUCCAUUACAUGAUCCACGAACCAGAGCCACACAUCCUGCUCUUCCGAAGGCCGCUGCCAAAGAAGCUGGAAAAAUGACACACAUCAGUCCCCUUCCAUGUUUUUAGACAGAAGCACCUUUCUUGUGAGCAACUGGUUCUUGUCUUUAUUGUAAAAUUUCAAGGAAUAUUUUAAGAUGCCAGUCCAGAAAACACUGCUCAACAUAAUCAGCACACCAGCAGAGCCGAGAAAAGCUGCUAUUGCCACCGAUACUUUAUCCGGCAAAACGGUCUGCGAAAACUAAGCAACUUCAGUAUUUUAAAAAUUUGUUAUAUUGGCUGAAAGCUCCACUUCGAUCCAGCUCAGGGGCCAAUUUGCUUUUUAAAUCCCAGGUCUUGCAAAACUUUGUUCUGCUCUUGUUUUUUAAAAUGUGCAUUUCCUUUUUAAUCUUGUAUUUCAGCUUCUCCUUUGGAACUUUUAAAAGUCAUUCUCAAUAUGAUUGUUCUUCGGACUGUGUCAAUAAAGGGUCACGGUGUUAA